AAGUAUCCCAUUUUUGUAAGCAUGAAUUGAAUAAGCUGGUUAUAGUUGUAUUUGGAUUUUUGAAAGAAGAAUUCACAUAUUCAUUGACUGCGCUUUGCACAUUCUCCUGGCCUUCUUCAAGAACAAAUUGUACAUGGUAUGGUACAAGUUUAUCCACAAUCAGCAAAAUAUGGCCUUUAUUUGUUUGCACUGUUAAGUAAACUUCUGUAUCUGAGUCACUAUGUAUAAAGGCAAUCCGUUAGUUAUAGUACUCGUAAGGCCUAUGCCUCUUCUGAAUUCAACUUACACUAUUUGGGGACGUAGCCUUUGACAGAAUAUUCUUAUUUGUAAAUCCCAAUUCAGUGUCAUUCAAACUUAGUUUGUCGUUAAUCUGCGAAAUACUUGGUGUUUCUGUAGUUUAGCUUUGUGUAAGCCCUCGCACCGCCAGUUGUAUAAUUUAUAUGGAGUAAACUAGCACUUCGGAUAUCAGAUGUCCGAUGAUUAUUUUGAUAUAUUAUUUGACAAAGCUUUCGUUUAUAUUCAUGACGAUGAAACAGUGCAAAGCUGCACAUUUCGAGGACUUCAAUGGCUCGAAGAGGCUAUAAACCUAGAGAAAAAUGGCUUACUUGUAAAGUCUUAUAUUUAUUAUCUGAAAGCUAUCAAGCUGGCAUAUGAGAUACCGUGCCGGUUUGAAAUCUCAGUUCGAUCUGCUGCUUAUCCAGAAUUUAAGCACUUCCAAAAGCAAAUGAUGGUUUUCAUUCAGAAAAUACUUGCCUUAAAAAGUAGACUUGCAGUAAAACAUUUCCUGCCUUGUACGUCAAUCCAAUCAGCCAUGAAAUUGGCUAAGGAUAAAUCGAGUAAAGUCUUAUUCCUCAAUAUUUACUCUGAGGAAAGUUCUAAGGAGUAUAGUUUUUCGGAUUCAACCAUCUGCAUUCCUGUUAGGCUAUUUUCUUCUGAAUCCGUCGCUGAAGUUCAUGAUUACCUUAAAAGAACCCCGUUUCUUCCAAAUAUCGUUAUAUGUUAUAGCAUAGAAAACUACUUGGAAGACAUAGAUGUUUCAUAUCAUAUUUAUUCUCUUCUAAUAUCCCUAAAAUGGAAGCCUCAGUUACUUAUUUCCAUGUCAAAUGGCCAGAUUGAUGAAAAUAAAAACAUUCCCGAAUAUCUGCCUAUUGGUCUUACUAAUCUUGGGAACACUUGCUAUAUGAACUGUGUUUUGCAAUGUAUUUUUGCAUGCCGAGAGCUUAUUGCCCCUAUAUAUCAGAAAUCUCCUUCCCUUGGAGCCAUUAACACUGGUAAUCCAUUGGGAUCUGGUGGGAAAAUGACUUUUGCUUUUCACUCUUUGGUUAAAGAAGUUUUUCAAAGGAAAGGAAAAAGAAUCAUCUCUCCAAAACGAUUCCUAGAUAUUGUUCAAUCUCUAAACAGAGAUUUCAGUGUAGAUGGUCAGUGCGAUGCUCAAGAGUUUCUAAACUUUGUACUCGAUAAAAUUCAUGAAGACUUAAAUUCGAAUGCCUCUCGCAUCCCCAUACCUCCUCUUUCCGAUGUGCAAUUAAGUGCUCGAGAAAAACUGCCUCUCUCUUAUUUUAGUCAUGUUGAAUGGAAUUUGCAUGUUCGACAUAAUCUGAGUAUAGUUGAAAAGAUUUUCUCUGGUCAACUUUGUAGUCGAAUACAGUGUACAGUUUGUCAACGAACGUCUACUACGUUCGCUCCUUUUACUUCUCUUGCUAUUCCCAUUCCAGAUGUACCUGGUUUUGUUAGCUUACAUGAAUGUCUCCGAAGAUUUAUGGCUUUUGAAGUUUUGGAAGGACAUAACGCUUGGUGUUGCCCUGUUUGCCAAAAGCAAAGGCCAGCAAAGAAAAUUAUGAACAUAUCUCAUUUAUCUGAUUACUUGAUAAUACAGAUACAAAGGUUUCGCAACACGAUGUUAGGCUGGAAAAAAAUUGAUACUCCUCUACAAUUGAACUUUCGGAUUCCUAGUAAUAUGCUCAUUCCUCCUUGUUUCCAAUCAGGGAUAAAUUAUGAUCAAUGUAGUUACGAUUUAUUUGCUUUUGUCAGUCAUUAUGGUCAACUUGAAAAUGGUCACUAUACAUCAAAUGUUUUUAGCGAGAAUCAAUGGUAUCGAAUUGAUGAUUCCAUCGUUCAAAGAGUGGAUGGCUUUGCAGCACUUCAAUAUGAUUUUUCUUCUUCGUACAUAUUGUUUUACAAAAAGAAAGAAGGCAUUAGUGAAUUGGAAAAAUAAAGCUGAAAGCUACUACUAUGGACGAAAUAUAGGUCAUACGAUCUUUUAUAAUGAUUUAACUUUUUUUUCUUUUUUUCUGAUUCCCUAUGGGUCUUUUGCAAGUUCGUCCUUAACAUUUAUGGAUAUCAUGUUAACUUAUAGAAAAAGAGCACUUUCUAUUUAUAAAAAUAAUAAAAUAAAUAAUUUCUUUUUAGAUUCUUAGUUCUACAUGAAUGGGAACGGGAACUUAAUCUUUAGCCCUUUUAGCGGAUUUUAGAUUUUGACGGGCAGAAGACUUUUUCUUUUUGAAA